AUGUACAAUGAGGUGUAUGGAGAGGAGCUCACACCGAAAGCAGUCCGGCUACGUGACGUCUCCACUACAGGGCACUACAAUGCGAAGGCGAUUCUCAACCCAAAUGACACUUUGGAGAAACGAGGAUACAACUGGUGCUCGCACAUCUACAUGCAGAUCGUCACCGAUGAAGCAGUGCUUGGUAAGCCUGGAGAUCCAAUUUUGGUGAGGAGGUUCCGCCCGUCGACCGUAGAAGUCAGUCCGACGCACGAGGUGCUUGUCGAUUCGAAUGCCGAGAAUCCUGUUUUGUCGUUUAUGGAAGCGCUGACUAAAGUGUCUGGAAUUCCACUGGAUCGGCUAGCAAUCACAGAGCCGAAAGAGUUCAAUUGGCAGAAAUGGCCAUUUGUAAAGAGCCGUUUGGAUAUGUUGGAGAACAAAGUGGCAUUCGCCAAGGAUCUCCAUCUCAACUACCCCAGCCCGAAGGAUUUUGUCGAGAAGACUGGGAGUCGAGUUCUCUACUACAAGGAUUCAGAAGAGGAGCCGAGAAUUCUGACGGAGGACGAGCGCAAGCAGAUCAAGAUUAAAGAGAACGGCAGUCGGCGAAUGCGAAUCGUCGAAAGGAGAGGCCACUUCGAAUUCAGAUGA